GAUGUUAACGUUGGUUACGGUUUACGCUUGUUUCUAUGGUUACGGCAGUAAAGAACCACAAACUCAGCUCAAUCUGACCGGAUGUAGUGUGUUGUUUCGUGUCGGGCAUUAUUAACAGUUGCACGUUCCUGCUUACGGAAACAUGGCGGCAGGGUACAUAUUAAAUCGCGAUAUGCUGACAUUAGGAAUUCAUUGUCAACGUGUUUGCAGAAGUAUUUCGCUUGCACAGGUUCGAGAGAAAAAACGAUGGAUGAAAGCGUACACUUACAUCAUGGCUAAGAAGUUAAAGCUCGAAGGACCUCCACCACCGAAGCCACGGUGGCAGCAGCCUAACUGGGAUUACCAUGCAGAGGUUCAAGCUUUCAGUUGUCGCCUCCAAGAAAGCUUCUCCCUGGAACUUCUGAAAACAGCCUUCGUCAAUCCCUGUUACCUGCAAAUGGAACAGAUGAGGAGAAAAGAGCUGGGUGUGGAAUCUGAGACAGUGUCUUUAGCUCUAAAGGAUAAUAUUCAGCUGAGUCAAAAGGGAACCGAUUUCACCAAAAGAUUCCUGACUGACUGGUGCAGGGCAAGCUUCCCAAGCCUGCCGGAAAACGGCGUGGAGAGUAUUGUGGGCUAUCUGUCUAGUCCCAAUGUUGUGGCUUACACAGCCACAAAUCUCGGCAUUGAAGACCUAACCAUGAGUGCGGAGUUCCCAGUUCCUGACGACGUGCUCCAUUUGACUUUCAUGGCAGUGAUUGGUGCUCUUCUGGAAAGUAGUGGAUCAGAGCGAACUGGAAUAUUUCUUCGGGAUUUUCUGCUGUCUCACCUAAUUGGAAAGGACCUGUUUGAUUUAUGGACUGUGGUCAACCCCAUGGGACUCCUGGUGGAGGAGCUAGCCAGAAGGAACAUGUCUCCACCAGAACCUCGACUCAUCAGAUCUGCUGGAGCCAGUACUGUCCUGCCACUAUACUUUGUUGGCUUGUACAGUGACAAGAAGCUCCUGGCUGACGGUCCUGGAGAGACGCUUAUCGUAGCCGAGGAAGAAGCAGCCCGCAAGGCACUGCGCAAACUCUAUGGCUACACUGAGAACCGCAGGCCCUUGGACUUCUCUCCACAGCUUCAGCCACAGCAAGCGUUGCUUCAUUCUGUCAGUAGUAAUUAAGAAAAAAAUAAGCAGCUCUAAUGGCGUAUGAAAUAAAACGAUGGGUCCAGUUGGACAGGAUUUUCAUUUACUAAGUAUAGAGGUUCUACAUGUUAGAAUUGGAUUUAAGUCCAGUCUUGGACUUAUCAGGUCUGCGUUUGCUGGCUUUUGAAAUGUAAAAUUUCUCUGAAUGAGGGGAGCAGGGAAGCUUUUAUGUUCAGUAAGAUGUGUGACAAUGUUAUAGGAUUUUGGUUUUCACUGCAUUAAACAGACCAAACAUGUUAGGGUAAAUUAGCUAAUGUAUUAAACAAUUAAGUUUAUUAGCUAUGAAUUCAUUUUGAUUGAUAAAUUAUGAACAGCCCAUCACCAAAAACUCUGCUAGUCAGUUAUCCUCCCUGUAAAUAAUACAGUUGCCAUUUGGUUUCUUUUGUAUUCUGUUAUUCAUGUCAAUAAUAUGAAUAAAUAAUGAAUAUUUAUACA